AUGGCGGAGCUGAGAACAACGGGAAAGGACAGGCUCGCCGUCUACUUCCCAACUUAUUCGACUUGGGACGGAAAAGCUAUGAUGCUUCGAAAUCUAUUCGUGAGGGAGACUUAUCGGCGACAUGGCGUGGGGCGAAUGCUCUUCUGUAGCGUCGCAGCGGUGAGGACAUGGAUCCAGUUGCGUCGGUAUGCGCCCGUUUGGAUUUCCACGAGCUCGCGUGGAACCAGGCGCGUGUCUUCUAUCGCGAUCGGUGCCGAAAGCCUGACAGAGAGUCAGGACGCCUGCUACUACAUGCUCUUUCGAGGCGUUCACCUAGUUUGCUACGAAAACGCGCAAUUAAUUCUUCGUAGAUUUAAAAAACUGGCGGCCGUUACAACGCAUAACUUACAUGACAAAUACGGGAUUCAGAUAUACUUGUUUAGUUUUUAUAGUAAGGCC